GUUUGUGGACUUUGCUUUUUGCUUGAUUUUUAUUUUUCCCGCCUGUUCCCUGUUUGUGUCUCAUUGCUUCCCUCACAUCUCCUUCAGCAGCCUUUUCCAGUAUUACUUUCGACAAAAGUUUCAUUUCUUCGUCAUGGAUGAUUUUGUAAGAAACAAACUGCUUGAAUGGGGGCUAAGUGAGUGGGUGGAGAAAUUUAAAGAUAAAAAAAUAGAUGCAGAAAGUCUGUAUGAUCUUGAUGAUGAAGAAAUUGAUCAUGUGAUCACAAAAGCUGGACCAAGAGUGAAAUUCAAGAAGAACCUCAGGCUGUUAAAGUGUAAACAGGAGCAAGAAGCAGCUGAUUUGGCUCAGGUCUUUCCAUCCACAAGUGAUACAGGAAAGAGAAAAUCUGAUCUUCAAAGUGACGCCAGCAGGUUACAACCACCAGCUAAGCGACAACGUCUGUCUGUGCCGGGAUUUGCAGAAUCAGUCAUACUGUCUGAUGCAAAAAGCAUCAUGACAUUUGCACAUGCCAGACUACAUCACCAAGACAAACUCUGUGCUUUCUUGAAGAAAAAAAUCAGUGAUUUGGAGACAGACAAGAGGGAGCUGGUUGGUGUCUUUGGUAAAACUGGGGCUGGUAAGAGCUCUUUGAUAAAUGCCAUUAUUGAAGAGAAGAAUCUUUUACCCUCAGGAAGUAUCAAUGCCUGCACCUCAGUCAUGAUUAAAUUGGAAGCUAACACCUACAGCUCAAAGUAUGAGGCAGAAAUUGAGUUCAUCACAAAAGAGGAGUGGAACGAUGAGUUGUGGUCAUUUCAUCAGUUUUCUUGCAAAAAUGGAGAUCACGAAAUGGAAGAUAAUGAUGAUCAUCAUGAUGCUGUGGAAAAGCUGUCAGCAGUGUAUGGAGAAGAAUGGAAACAAAAGUCUUCUGAAAACCUCAUGGAGAGCAAAUAUUUCAAAGCAAUUCCAGAAUUUCUCCAAUCCAAGAGGAAGAUUUUGACAUGUGAAUCGGCUAAUGAACUCUGUGCAAAAGUUGUCAAGUACACACGAAGUGAUUCAAAACAAGAAGAAGGCAAUGAAGGAAAAAAGUGGUUUUGGCCACUAGUGAAGUGUGUGACUGUCAGGGUGCCAAACAAUCCUUUUCUCCAGCAUGUCACACUUGUGGACCUUCCUGGAAAUGGUGACUGCAACAAGAGCAGAGAUCAGAUGUGGAAAGGGAUACUUGGAGAUUGUUCUACUGUGUGGAUUGUGACUGAAAUUAAUCGAGCAGCAUCAGAGAAAGAGGCCUGGGAGAUCCUGGAAAGUGUCAGUAGUCUGAUUGGAAAUGGUGGCGAAUGUCAGCAAAUUCAUUUUAUCUGCACUAAGUCUGAUCUUCUUGAUGAUUCAGAUGAUCUUUCAUCAGCUGAUGUCCAUGAUCUAGUCACUGAAAGAAACGUGCAAGCCACGGAUGCAAUAAAGAAAGAAUUCAACAAGCGAAGCAAAAUUAGGAAACACUUCAAUGAUGACAGUUUCAAAGUGUUCACAGUGAGCUCCAAAGAGUUCCUAAAACAAAACUACUUAAGUCCAGAAGAAACUGGUAGGUGAAGUCUCCUUCUAAAUAACUGAAAUGUAUAGGGGGCCAGAAGUGACCAAAUUGAUUAAUUAAAUAUACCAUAUAUUUAAAACAUGUAAUAAAUUAUUUAUUCAAACGUUUAUUUAAUUAAUUAUACAUUUGAUCAGAUAAUUAUUGACACAUUUACUUAAUUAUUUAAUUAUGUAUUUCUUACAUUUAUUUUGGCACUCUUGGCCCUGGCACUGUCUUCAUGAAUUUUAUUUUAGCUGUCAGUCUCACCCAUCAACUUUAGGGGGCGGGGUUAAUGCUGUUCAAGUCAAAACCAUAGCUGUGGCCUGGUGGCUAUUCUUUUAGUGGGCGUUUCUCUGCGCCAACAAGGACAUGUAAAAACUAACUGAGAUGUACUUUGAAAGACCCAGUUUGUGUGCCACUUUAAAUAUUUUUUUAGCCAAGAAUGUAAUGUUUUAAUCUUCAGAUAUCUGGUUGGUGUGUCAAGAUAGAUCCUAUUUGCAAAAGUGCUUCGAUGAUUUGAAAAAUGUCUGUCCAGCCCAGUUUCACGACAAAGCGUGUGAUAGGCCUGCUCGCAAGUGCUCGCGCUGUUAUACCGCUGACAAAGCUCAGGUCCUGGUGCACAACUGUCAUAACCCCAGCUAACUGGAGGUUGAACACCAACUUCCUUUACUAAGGUUAUAUCUAUCGGGUCUUUAUCUCCUGAUGUUCCUAUGUGCCACACUUGUUUCAGUCGCCAAUUCUGUAUUAAAACUAACAUUAAAAUUAUGUUUAAGGAGGAGAGAGAGCAAAUAAAUCUGAUGAACUUUGACUUUUACAUUCAAUAAUCAGUGUCACCAGUGCAUAAACGCAUAGUCUUUUUUAAAAGAGAUAACGGCGUUGGUGUUUCCCUCAUAUAUUAACUGUCAGGUUUAAGUGUACCAGGCUUGUUAGACACUUUGAAACAUACAGACUUCACAAUGUUCAACUAAUAUUUUCAUUAUGAAUAUUAACCAUGAAGGUAAACAAUGAAGUCCAGCUGCUGUCUUUUAGCCCUGUACCAAGAGCGAGACCAGCAUAUCCAGGAUAUUUUUCAGUGUUCUGGAAUCACUGACCCUAACACUGGGACCAGAAUAAAUGCUCACACGAAGCUGGUUGUCAGCUCUCUAAAUUAACCCAGGGUUUCCCAGGGCAGGCACAAAGUGUUGGCAGCAUCAAAGUAAUCUAACGGUCAUAUACGCCAGAGGUCAUAUCGAUAUUCUUUUACAGAAAAUCAUCUUUAUCAGACUAUUUGAAAGACGUGAGAGCUAAAACUUUAAUCAGAGCCGAUCAGAUUUGCUCUGUUGUAAAUGAAACAGUGAAGUAAACAUGACCUGACAGACAGAACCUGAAUAAAUUAUGUCUGCUGUUUAACCUCCACUGAGAGCUAAAACUCAGCGGAGGUAUUGAAGCUGUGUGCCGGUGAUUCGAUAUCAGCUGCUGAUAAAGUGGGUUCGCCUAUGAGGUGCUCUGGAGUUUUAUAAGUGUCCUUCACUCUCCGUAAAUCCUGUUUUACAGAGAAACAAGGGAAACAAGCUCCAGCAGCUCUGCGCUCAGGAAAAAAAAUACAUUUGAUUAUCUUGUGCAGAAUAUUGCUCCGACAUUACGUUACAUAAAGCAACAGUGCCCACGUUAAACUGUGACGAUAACCAGGUAACUUUUGCAAACAUAUUCAAUGUUGACAACCUGACCUGAUACGUGAAGAUUACGGCAUUGAAUUCUCAGCUAAAAUAAUAUUAAAAAUACAGUUUAUGACAGAAAAACGGGGUAUUUUAAAACUUUGCUUACAGUUCAGAGCGCCACCACCAUUGCCGCUUCUGUUUUGAAAUGCAUUCUGGGAUACCUGGCUGCCCCAAGUCCACACUAUUACCAUUUCAUAGCAGUCAAUUAUUUAGGAUCAACCUGUCUUGACUUACUUUGCACUGUAACCAUUCAGAUGUUAGACAAGCAGCGGUUGCAGUGUUAACCCCGCCCACUGACUUUGAUGGGUGAGGCUGACAGAUAAAAUAAAUUCAUGAAGACAGAGGCAGGGCCAAGAGUGCCAAAAUGAAUUAAAUAAAUACAUCAUU